UUAGCUACUGAUCAACGUAGGAACGGGUAUCGUUUUAGUAUUUACAACUAUGAAAUCUUGGAUAAUUGUUUGUGUGGUAGGUGUGCUAUUAGCAGCAAGUCCUGCUUAUGGCACUCUUUCGAUGCUAAACAAGUUGAGACCAUCUCAAUGGUUGUCCUCAUCACAAUUGGAACAAACUCCUGCCAUCGAUGAAAUCACACUACAAAAGUUGGAAAGUAUGACAGUGGAAAAGGGUGCAGAACUGUGGCAGAAACUUUAUCACUUGUCCCAAAUCAGUAACAUUCUGAGACCCGAGUUUGUGCCCAGCCCCAGUAAUGUUCCCUGUUAUAUUGUCAAGCCUAGUGGUCAGAAAGUAGCUACCACUUUGGAUAAAUUGGCCUCGACAUGCAAACAACAACCCAACUUUGGUAAUGAGGAAGUGACCAUUCUUGUCACUGGUUUACCCGCCACUACUGAAACUGUCCGUAAAGCUAAUCGCAAAUUGAUUGAUGCUUAUCUACAACGUUACAACACCAAGAGACAACAACCCCAGAGAUUCGAUUACUCCGGUGAGAAGAUGGCUCGCACCUCUAGCGAAGAAGAUUCUAGUGAAUGGCAAAAACAAGAAGCUUCCUCUGGUAAUCUAGUUAUCAUCGAUUUGGGUUCCCAACUUAACAGCUUCAAACGUUUCUGCUUAUUGGAUGUUGAAGAAACUGGUGCCAUGAUUGCUUCGGCUAUUAUUGAAAUGACCGAGAAGUGUGAUGUUGCCGAUGAGACUGUCCAUCUUGUUGCUCAAGGUAUUGCUGCCCAUGUUGCUGGUGCCGCUGGCAAUGAAUAUACCCGUCAAACUGGCCGUCAAUUGAGACGUAUCACUGCCUUGGAUCCCUCCAAAGUUUUGGCCAAAAAUCCUCAUACUUUGACUGGUUUGUCUCGUGGUGAUGCUGAAUUUGUCGAUGCCAUUCACACCAACACCUAUGGCAUGGGUACUGUUCAACGUGUCGGUGAUGUAGAUUUCUAUCCCAAUGGUCCUUCGGCUGCAGUGCCCGGUGCUAAAAGUAUUGUUGAAGCUACCAUGCGUGCCACUCGCUAUUUCGCAGAAUCUGUCCGCCCUGGCAAUGAACGUAAUUUCCCCGCCGUUGCUGCCAAUUCCUUGAAACAGUACAAGAACAAUGAUGGUUUUGGCAAGCGUGUUUAUAUGGGUAUUGAUGUUGAUUACGAUGUGGAAGGUGAUUAUAUGUUAGAAGUCAAUGCUAAGAGCCCAUUCGGUAAGAGAGAACCUGCUCAAAAACAGAAUAACUAUCAUGGUGUCCACAAGGCCUGGAAAAACUUACGUGACAAUGAAUAAAUUUUGAAAGGACUAAGAGAGGAAAGGAAAAUUAUGCCGGUAUAAGAUUACAUUGGAUAAUUUGUGUGUUAAGAAGAAUAGAUUUGUAGUGCCAAUUAGAGUAUAAGUUCAUUUGAUAAAAUAAAUGUUGAGCAUUUUUU